AUGCACUGCUCCUCUCAGGAUGCUUGCUUAUGGGAAGGCCGCAGGUCAAUUGAUAUAGAAAUCAGGAUGGCAGAGAGCACAGUCCUAACGACCACGAUGCAAUUUGCACGCACUGUGGUCAAGGUGUUCGGAGCAGAGUACCUGAGAGAGCCAACUGUGGAGGACACAGAAAAAUUGUUGGCAAUUGGAGAAGCAAGAGGAUUUCCAGAUAUGUUAGGUUCAGUUGAUUGCAUGCACUGCAGUAAAACAACUACCCAAAAGAUCCCGUCGACCAUCGCCGCCGCCGCCAGUGCCAUCGACGACUGCCCGGGCGAGGGUGGCCUGGAAAGGAUCACUCGACGCCGACAGGGCAAACUAUCGCUUGUCAUUCCAGAAGGGAGGAUAAGGCCAGAGGCACCUCUUCUUGCUGCAAAGUUUGCAACUGAAUGCAACGUCACAGUCAGACACCAUAUGCCUGUGUUUAAGCGCUGGAAGGAUUACAAGGACCCAGAUGGACAUGUCCGAGAUGGGCUCUUCAGGAACUUUGUAGGCAAAGUUGGUAACAAGUUUCAGAUGGACGUAGAUGUUGUGCCAGUUAGGAAGGCUUGUACUGAAAUGCUGAAACGUGCGACUCGCCAACAACGAUAUAGGCUCAAGAAAGAGUUUUUUGACCCUCACCCACUCCAUUUGGUGACGAGAACUUCUCCUGUCCCCUCGAUGACUGAUGAGCAGUGGAAUGAGCUGGUGGAAAGCUGGAAGGAUCCCAAAAAGAUGGGGAUAUGUGAAAUUAACAAAAAUAAUCGAGCUCAAGUUAAGUUUCACCAAACUACUGGCGCGCGCAGCUAUCCUGUGCAUUGUGAUAAUCUGGGCGACAAAUACAAAGAUAAAGAACCCACUGCAUUGGAUUUGUUCAAGGAGUGUCACUACAGCAAGAAAAAGAAAAGCUACACUGAUGUCGUGCAAGUUGCAAUUACUGAGAUGGAAAACAAGGCCUCUCAACCUACAGAAGAUGGUCAGGAAUCAAACUCUGCAACCGAGGCUGUAGCUGAAGUGCUUGCUAAGCACACUAAGAAGCCAAGGUUUCUUCAGCAUGUGGGGAUCCAGCAUGUCCAUGCGAGAUCCAGUGCAGAAGUGCCAACGGAGAAGAGGGACAAUGUCGAGCUUCGGGCACGUGUUGACACGUUGACCAAGAUGUUGAAGGAGUUCGAAGAAGCAAGGAUCAGGCAAGACGAGGAGCACGGGAAUAGAGAUGAGGAGAGCAGGAAGAAGCAAGCUGCGAUGGAUGCAAAACUAGACUUUUUGCUAAGUCAGUUGCAACCAAGAUCGGCUCAAGGGUAA